CCACCUCAAGAGUCGUCAAAUCAAAUUAUUUAUGAAUUUGUCACCGGCCGCCGAAAGCGAAAGCCUCACAGACAUACAGCCAUACAGCCAUCCGCCCAUUCAAUCGAUCAGUCAAGUCUGUGGCCAAGACUGUCCAGUCCAGUCCAGUCCCAUCCACCGAUCGUGGUCGUAUAAAAGUUUCCUGGACUGCAGUCGAAGAGCGGCAGCCCCAGCAUUCACAUCAUUUGUCGAGAGAUCGUCUCAAAAUACUCCCCAAGAAUGUUGCGCAUACGCAGUGUGGUUCUCAUCCUUAUUGUUAUGGCCCUGGCGCUAGUGGCUGCCAAGCAGGACACGUCGGCUCGCCAGUUUGGUGGUCAGGGCGGCUUUGGCAAUGGCCUGGGAUCUGGUGUAGGAGCUGGUUUUGGGCCUGGCAUUGGUCCUGGUGCCUUGUAUCCUGGCGGCCAGGGCGGCUAUGGCCCCUCGCCCCAACAGCCCGGCUGUCCUCUCUGCGACUCCUCCGUCUACAGCUACUGCUCCCACAAAAUGGUCCACGACGCCUGCUGCUGUGACUUUCCAGGCUCUUCCCCCCAGCUGAGACCGCCCCAGUGCUCCUUCUACGACUGCUCCCUGCUCUACGCCAAGUCCUGCUACGAGCACCUCCUGAUCAGGAACUGUUGCUGCAAUAAUCCCUACUAGCAGCCUGCCGAUUCGCUUAUUUAUUUAAUCAUUUAUUGAAAAAAUCUAGUUCUGCCACUUGCUGGUAAUUUAAGCCGACACUAAGUACAAUUAAGUAAAUUAUUUAAAUGCCUA